AAAUCGAUGGCAUCGCCAGUCGUUGGGUGAUAGUGUUCGGAAACAUGUCGUCGGAGCAGCCGGAGAACACCAGCUACGAGCAGGAAUGCCAACGGGCGGAGCUGCUGGGUCUCCAGCCGCCGGAUCCCGCGGAGUUCGAGCGCAAGCGGCAGGCAAGACUGGAGCACGAGUUGGCGGAGCAGGAGGCCGCCGAGGCGGUGCUGCUGGAGCAACAAGACGAGAGCCUGGGCAAUGUGGGUGGCAAGCUGGGCGAGCUCAAUAGCAUCCUUUCCAGCACGCAGCAGAAGCUGAAUCGCUUCAAGCAAACGGCGUGUGGCAGUUUGACCAACAUAUUUGCCCGGACCAGCUCGGGCUCGGUGGAUCUUUCGGCUGGCAUUGGUAGAUCGGGCUCAAUCGCCUCCAGCCAGGAGGAGCGUCCUCCUGUCCAGGAACAGCCGCUGGCCAAGCCCCCGCCGACGGCUGCCGAGGUCAGCGCCGCCAAGGCGGCCAAACAGAAGCGCAUGGACUCGCAGCUGGACAAGCUGGACGCGCUGAUCAACCAGGCGGACAACGCUCAGAUUGCCAUGAGUGAGCAGACACAGCAGAUGCGCCGCCUGGCCAAGUGAAGUGUCCCCUUGAGCAGGUGAUCCUCGUCGCCUGAUCCUGGGCAGCCUUCUUCUCCUCUUCUUUGUUUGGAUGAACACAUGAGUUUCGCUUAAAACUAAACACAAGUU